CCCAAGAGGUCCACGUCCGCAGGAUUUCUAAACCUUUGGAAGCCAUGAAGCUGCUGAUCGCCGCCGCGCUCGCGCUCGUCCUCGCGGCGGGCGAUCACCAAGUGCUGCUGCCCAAGGCACCGCAGCGAUGAUGUUCGGGUGAUGCUCCCCGGAGGGAAGGUGCCGAACGAGCACUACCUGGCGACGGGAGCGGCCAUCCAGGAGGCGAUGGCACAGAAAGGCUCCGAUCUCUGGGUCGUGAUUCCCAGUGUCUUCCAAAACCUUUGCAUGAUCAGCUGCCCUGGCAAGUUCUUUUGCUCUCCACUGCAUGGCGUGGUCGAGACCGCCUUGUCCAUGGCGGCUCGGGCUGGCUGGCAGCGAGACCCCCAGGACUUGUGGCUCUCCGGGCACUCGUUGGGGUCGACCUGCGCCAACAUGCUCUUCCAGGCCUACAACAAGGGGCCUUCUCCGCCUUAUGCUGGGCUGAUUGUGAUGGGUGGCUACGUGGAUGAAGCAGGAGAGUUCGACUUGAUCCACUAUCCCGUGCCGGUGCUCUCGCUGAACGUGGAGCUGGACGGAGGCCUCGCGCGGCCGGGGAAGAUCUCCACCUGGUGGCGCCAGUUCCUGACGCUGAGGAGCUCUGGCGAUCCUGUCCGAUCCAAGCCAGUGAUUGUUCUGCCCCAGCUGAACCACUCGAAUUUCUGCCCUGGCUUCGACGUCCCGGGCGACUUGAUGGCAGAGGUGCCUCAGGAAGAAGCCACCAGUGUGAUCGCUUCAAGCGUGAGUGCCUUCCUAGUGCUCCAUGACUCCAAGACCUCCAGCCAAAUUGCGCAACGUGCCCUUGAGCUUUUGCAGCAGCAAGUCGAGUGGACUGAAAAGCUGAUGACGCCGUACCUGAAGGCCCAAAGUUGGGAGAGGAAUGAGAACCACUCGGUGAGCAGCGAAGGCUCUAGUCCCUUCUGCGCUCUGGCGCAGCGUGUACUGAGCGGCCUCCAAGCGGAGGAUGAGGCUAAGUUGGAGGUCCUAGAUGGCUUCCACAUCUCUUCGCCCAACUUGGAGCACUGCCAUCCCAACUGGACGCAGGCCUCUCAGGGACUUACGGUGAGAUCCUGUAGUCACACCAACUACUACCCGGACCUCAGCAACACCGGAAAGAUCACCGCGGCCCUGGAGAUUGGCUGCAAGAUGGUGAGCGCCACACGGAUCGAAGAGAAGCUGAAGGUGCAAGCGCUGGAGGAUCAUUUGCCCUGUAAAGAGAUGAACAAGCGCGCCGUGCAGCUGGCAGAGGAGCUUGCUUUUUCCAGUACUUUGCGGCGCUACAACGCCCAUGGACGGUCCUGGUGUUUUCUGGACGAUUCCCCGUCGGUGGCUGGCCCUGUUUGGGUGUUCAAGGACCGGCUUCUCUUGAAAGAGAACAAGACUUGCAUGUCAGUGCAAAGCCCUGCAAUGCUUACAGAGCUGAAUGCACUGAUUUGCCCUGGUAUUCACUACUGCAAGCUGCUGUCACCUGCCCGUGUACUGGAUUGGAUGAUGACUGACAGCUUGAAGCCAGGAGCCCGUGAAGAGUUGGAGCUCAUCGUUUGAGAGUGCCCUCCACUUCUCCACCAAGUCAGCCCGCCACUUCUCCACCAUACGUGUCAAAGUGAUUCAACGUGUGGAAAAAAAAAGGAGGCCGGGGUGGGUUGCAGCUCAGCUUUCGGAGCCUUUGCGUUCUUCUACUGGGAUUUGUCGUUGGGGUACCAGUAGAUGAUGCAUGCAUGAAGUCGUUGGGAACGAGCCUCAAACGCGAGUUUCAUCUACGUAUUCCUUUGCCAGUUACUGUGGGACGCGCCCGAUUUGUUAGUGCGCCGUGCUGUCCCAGUGGGUUCUUCUUAUGCAGGGAACAGCUUGUGUUCCAACAGCCUCAUGUGCCAUGUAGUCCAAGCGUUGAGUUGUGGCAACAAGGUCAAAAGCCGCAAACGAGAGUUUUGUUUGAGGGCUUUACACUGACUUUGCAUCGUAGCACGACUGCGGUCAACCUUUCCAAGAAAGCAGCCCUCCCUUGUCUUUUGGUGGAUAGAUGUUUGGAGUCAAACGACCAGGGAUGGCUGCUUGGACAUGCUUGGGGCCAUUUGAAGCAGUCCAACUUGCUAUGUUUGCUGGCUAGAGCAACUCUCAAGUCGACCUCGAGACCUUGGACAUCAUUUUGUCAGCUGGAGUGGUUGGCAGCAUUUUUCUGCUUUUGCACCUUGUACAAAGGUAGAGUGGGACAGUGGCCUGUAUUGGCAAGUGACUUUGCAGAUGGCGCUCAUGGGUC